UAAAAGGUUGUGUGUCUGAUUUUCAUUGCAGAUGUGAGAGUUAUGUUGAUGAGUGAUUUAUAAGUACCUCGACAAGUGUCUUAUAGUCCCUAAAACAUGCUCUAACCCAUGGUAGUGACCGGAGCUGAACUUACCCGAACUAAAAAAACUAUGAUUCACAGAAAUUAAAAAAUUAACUUUCAAUUUUCAAUAUCUUUUCAUUGACCCGGAUAUAUCGGUAAAAAAGUAAAUUACACACUAGAUAAGAGAGCACACGUGCCUGCACUGAUACCAUUAUCACCAGAAGAAGAAGCGGAAGAGCGAACCAUUUGCUGUGAUUCAAUGGAAGGGAUAAUGCAGCGACCGUACGACGCGACGGUGAAGCUGAUGCUAGCUUCAAUGGAGCGCAACUUGCUCCCCGACGCCGUCAUCAGGAGACUCACGCGCUUGCUGUUGGCUGCUCGCCUACGCGCCGGUUACAAACCUUCCUCUGAGAUUCAGCUCUCUGACCUUGUUUACUUUGUGCAUUCUUUGCAAGAUAUGCCUAUUGCCAUCAGCACUGAUACGGCAAAAUCUCAACAUUAUGAAUUGCCAACCUCUUUCUUCAAGCUGGUGCUCGGAAAGAAUCUCAAAUACAGUUGUUGUUAUUUCUCUUCUGCCUCAGAGACGUUGGAAGAUGCUGAAGAAGCAAUGCUGAAAUUGUACUGCGAGAGAUCAAACCUGAAAGAUGGGCAUACAGUUCUUGACGUAGGAUGUGGUUGGGGAUCACUGGCUUUAUACAUUGCCAAGAACUACAGCAAUUCCAGAGUUACAGGAAUCUGCAAUUCCGUAACUCAGAAAGCUUUUAUAGAGGAGAAGUGCCAGGAUCUUCAGCUGCAAAAUUUAGAGAUCAUUGUUGCAGAUAUUAGCACCUUCGAAAUGGAAGCUUCUUAUGACAGAAUAAUUUCCAUAGAAAUGUUUGAGCAUAUGAAGAACUAUAAGGAUCUUCUCAAGAAGAUAUCCAAAUGGAUGAAAGAGGAUAGCCUUUUGUUUGUUCAUCAUUUCUGCCACAAGGCAUUUGCCUACCACUUUGAGGAUGAAAGUGAAGACGACUGGAUUACAAGAUAUUUCUUUACAGGAGGAACCAUGCCUGCAGCAAAUCUACUUCUUUAUUUCCAAGAUGAUGUCUCUGUCGUCAACCAUUGGCUAGUAAAUGGGAAACACUACGCACAGACCAGUGAAGAAUGGCUCAAGAGAAUGGACAAGAACAUGAGUUCUAUCAAGCCAAUAAUGGAAUCAACAUACGGCAAGGAUUCAGCUAUCAAGUGGACUGUCUAUUGGAGAACAUUCUUCAUAGCUGUAGCAGAACUUUUUGGAUACAAUAAUGGCGAUGAAUGGAUGGUUGCACACUUUCUUUUCAAAAAGAAAUAAAUAACAUAAGCCGAAAACAAAUGAAAUCUUAUUUCAAUUUGAGAAUGGAGGUGUUGCGCAAAAAACUGCUCAAAGAGGUUACAUACUAAAAAAUAUUGUUGUAUUUUAUUGAUUAACUUUAUCUUAUCGGGUUGUGUCUAUUUUAUUCAA